CAAUUUCAUCUAACAACGCAAGAUCUCUCUGACUUCGACUAAACGAACAUGCCGUCCUCAACAUCCCCCCACCCCGACCAACGAGGCAUCGAGCCGCACCCCGACCGACCCCGAAACCUCAUGACCGACGAGAUCGACUACGCGCCUCACCCCGAACACUCCCUCCCCAUCUCCCCCUCCCGCACCGCCAUCCAACAACACAUCAUCGCUCUAUACUGCGGCAGCGCCUCCGAAGACGACAUGAACGUCUACGCCGAGCAGGCGGUCUACGAUGACCCGUUCAGUUACUGCGACACGCGCUACAAAAUCGCCGGCCAAUGGUACGGCAUCCCGAAGCUAUUCUCCAAAUCGGAAACCCUCGCAACGGAGGUGACUUCGUCAACGGACCACGAGCUAGUCUGGAAACAACGUCAGCGGUAUACGUUCCGGGGCAUUGGGGCUUCCAAGAUGGAAGAUAGUCUGGUGAGUUUGAGAUUGGAGGGGACUGAUCCGCAGGAGAAGGUCGUGUAUCAUAAGGAUAUGUGGAAUGAGAAGGAUUAUGAUCAUGGGGGGUUGGGCGCGUUGAUGAAGAAGGUUAAUGGGGAUAAAUUGACGGGUAUUACGCGGCCUCCGGAGGGGCUUUAAGUUUUGAGGGGUGGUUUGGAUGGUGGGAUAGUUCGAGGUGUUGUUUGAUUAGGUGGUGUGGUGGUUUGGUGGUUUUCUCGCGGUGCGCAAUAAGGGUAUUCGAGAUGGUUGGGGACGGAUUGACAAGCUCCAUUGGAGAUUGGCAUAUGAAAUUUUCGACCUUCCUCUCUCGAUUGUCAUGGACCUCCAGACAGAAAAUAAUCCCCAGAAGCAAGCAGAGUCGAUAGUAACUGGGUCAUCACUACCAUGACAUCAUAGCUACCAAGAUCCUCAGAUCCGGAGCGACUACAGAC